AUGGACACUAAACUCGAAGGCUAUCCUGUUGAUGAAGAUCCCUCUAUCAUCAUUAAAGCACCGCGUAAGCUCUUGAUGUUGCCCGCGAGGGACAUGGUCGCUGAGACCUCGCUGAAAUUCUGUUACAAUUUCAGGAAAGGUGGAUUUCGAUCGUUGCAUUCGGUUGGUUCACACCACUCAAGAUCCAGGGACAAAAUGGCCCACUCCUCAGGCUCUCAGUUUUAUUUCGAGGACCGAGACAUCCCUGAAAGCGCCUACCCCGCCUAG